AUGGGGCCGCCUCAGCCCUGGGGCUGCAUGGCCGCCGCCGCCCCUGGCCAGGGCCCGCAGGGCUCGGGGUGCGGGAGCGCCGCGGACGCCGGCGGGCAGGCUGGGACGGCGCGAUCCUCGCCCCCGACCGUCUCCGGCGGGCGCCGCUCUCCGCCGCGCUCUCCGCGCCCAGGGCUCCGCGCCUUCAGCGGCCGCCCCGCCCGGGAGCCCGGAGCCCCGCCCCCGCCAGCGCCCGAGCCGCUCCUCCCGCCUCAAGGACGGCGGGGGCGCAAGCCGCAGAGUGCGGGGGCCCGGCUGCAGCUGCGCCCCGCGCUGCGCCCCGCGCUGCGCCCCGCGCUGCCCCCCGCGCUGCCCUCGGAGCGCCACGUCGCGGCGGCCGGGGACGGGUGGAGCCGGAGCUCGCGGACCCCGGCCGGCCCCGGGCCGGGGAUGAGGCUGUGGGCCAGGCUGCUCCUGCGGCGCGUGGGACGAGCCCGGGAGAGCCCCUCCCAAGGGCGCCGGGCCGCCUCCGCGCGUGGAGCGUCCACUGUUAGGGUAAGCCAGGCGCUGCUCCCUGGUGACGUGGACCCCCCUUCUUCCCAGGAGGAACUCGUUGACGGUCAGCCGCGGCCCCCUGACGCCCAGUGGGGUCCAUUUCCAAAAAGGAGGCCCGAGGAAGGCAGGUUUUGA